UGGCCUUGACCUUCACUGACUGCUCCAAAGGAGAGGAGAGGCCACAGCUGGAAAAACAAAAGUCCUUUCUUGCCUGUGACCUCAUAAAGGCCUGACUUAUGCAGUUUUUAAGACAAUUUAAAGGAUGUUCAAGGAAUCCUGCAGGUGCCACCCUAUGGACCCAAGGGCUGGUUUUUCUGGUUUGCUCCCCCAGGGCGAUUUGCAUAAUUCUUUGAAGAACCCAACAGCAGCUGAAUAACCUGUUUUCAGAUUUAGAGAGAAGGGAGCUCCACAGUGGUUUCUCCAAAUCUGGGGUUGGGAAUGGCCACAUGGAGCAGGCCAGGCCAGAGGCAGCCUCAGGGGCCCAAGCCAGCUGUGGAGGGGGAACCUCAGGUGCCCCUGGGCCGGGAGCUGACAGAGGCCAACCGCUUCGCCUAUGCAGCCCUCUGUGGCAUCUCCCUGUCCCAGCUGUUUCCAGAACCUGAACAGAGGUCUUUCUGCACAGAGUUCGUGGCGGGCCUGGUGAAGUGGCUGGAGCUAUCUGAAGCUGUCCUGCCAACCAUGACCGCUUUCGCCAGUGGCCUGGGAGGUGAAGGAACAGACACGUUUGCUCAGAUUUUAUUGAAGGACCCCAUCCUGAAGGGUGACCCAUCACUGAUCACUCAGGAUCUUCUGAGCUUCUCACUCAAGGAAGGGCGCUAUGAUGCUCGAGCCAGAGUCCUUGUUUGCCACAUGACCUCCUUGCUCCAAGUGCCCUUGGAGGAGCUAGAUGUCCUUGAAGAGACAUUCCUUGAAAGCCUGAAGGAAACCAAAGAAGAGGAAUCUGAAACGGCAGAGGCUGCCCGGAAGAAGAAGGAAAACAGGAGGAAAUGGAAGCGUUAUCUCCUGAUAGGCCUGGCCACUGUCGGAGGCGGGACAGUGAUUGGUGUGACUGGGGGUCUCGCUGCCCCCCUUGUUGCUGCUGGAGCUGCGACAGUCAUUGGCAGUGCUGGGGCAGCAGCGCUGGGUUCAGUGGCAGGCAUAGCUGUCAUGACCUCGCUGUUCGGUGCAGCUGGUGCCGGCCUGACAGGAUACAAGAUGAAGAAGCGUGUUGGGGCCAUUGAAGAGUUCACGUUCCUUCCUCUGACGGAGGGCAGGCAGCUGCACAUCACUGUUGCCAUCACUGGAUGGCUGGCAUCUGGCAAAUACCGCACCUUCAGUGCCCCCUGGGCUGCCCUGGCCCGCAGCCAGGAGCAGUACUGCCUGGCCUGGGAAGCCAAGUACCUGAUGGAGCUCGGCAAUGCCCUGGAGACCAUUCUCAGUGGCCUCGCCAACAUGGUGGCCCAGGAAGCCCUCAAGUACACCGUGCUAUCUGGCAUCGUGGCCGCCCUGACCUGGCCAGCCUCACUCCUCAGUGUGGCCAACGUCAUCGACAACCCCUGGGGCGUGUGUCUCCAUCGGUCGGCAGAGGUUGGCAAGCACCUGGCCCACAUCCUGCUCUCCCGGCAGCAGGGCCAGCGACCUGUCACCUUGAUUGGCUUCAGCCUGGGGGCCAGAGUCAUCUACUUCUGUUUGCAAGAGAUGGCCCAGGAGAAAGGUUGCCAAGGGAUCAUCGAGGAUGUGGUGCUGCUGGGUGCACCAGUAGAAGGAGACCCCAAGCACUGGGAGCCAUUCCGGAAGGUGGUGUCCGGGAGGAUCAUCAAUGGCUACUCCAGAGGAGACUGGCUGCUGAGCUUCGUGUACCGAACGUCGUCAGUGCAGCUGCGCGUCGCCGGCCUGCAGCCCGUGCUCCUGCAGGACCGCAGGAUGGAGAACGUGGACCUGUCCUUGGUGGUCAGCGGCCACCUGGACUAUGCCAAGCAGAUGGAAGUCAUCCUGAAGGCCGUAGGCAUCCGCACCAAACCAGGCUGGGGUGAGAAGGGGCUUUUGCUGGCCCCAGGCAGCCAGUCCCAAGAGGAGUCUGGCCAAGCUGCAGCCACCUUCUCAGCAAGUCAGAUCCCCCAUCAGGAUGGGCAACCCAAGGACCCUUCACCUGGAGACACCCCCAAAGUGGCUGAGUCCCCUGACCCGAGCCACACCCAGGUGCCAGCAGAGUUGGACCAGUUUGAAGGGGCCUCACUUCCUGCUACUGCAGGCCCAACUCAGAGCCCUCAUGUCUGCAGCCAUGGCAUGGGCCCCAACCCACUAGGCUGCCCCGACUGUGCCCACGAGACCCAGGACCUCUGCCCAGGGCUGGAUUGACCACAGCGGGGACCUGAGUUGUCUUCCCUGGUCUCUACAUGGGGCUCUCUCUAUGCACCCAGACUCUGGGUGAGCUGUGAAGGUGGAAAUUUCUACAAGUGCCUUUGCUGAGCUGAAAGAAUUAGGAUUGAAGAAGAAUUGAAGGAAGUAGAACUGGAGGGGUGGGACAUUGCCUCCCUGAGGAAGCAAAGGCAGAGACCUGCAUGGUCAAGUGCCCCCUGCACUUCAGAUCCCAGCUGUGAGGUUUGGCUGUCCCUCGGGGUGCAUGGGGAUCUGUGGGGCCAGAGUGAAGCCAGGUGUCUGCCCGCCCUUCCAUCCACACUCCAGAGCUGCCUGCCCCCCAGGCCACAGGGGCAAUGUGCAGAGCAGGCCCAGUGUGCUCCUAGGAGAUCCAAUCAGGUCUGUCUUGUACAGCCACACAGGUUGCACACGGCUCAAUAUAGGGACAGCAGUCACAGCAAUGUAGGACGAACCUGAAGGGCAGCUCAGCACAUCUGGGUGUAGCUGUACAGGACAGGAAGGAUAAGUAUGGGAGCAGCAUGUGGUGUAAUGGGAACCUGGUGACAAUGGAUCCUACAGGGGAAGGGUGUCCUGGCAGGAACGGGACUGAUGACAAUAAUAAACAAUACCAGCAGCCACCCUG